AUAGCCGUAAGCUUGUGCGGCGUAACAUGCAGCUUGCUCGUUCCUGAAACCCAGGUAUUGCAGACCGGCGGCCUGCAUGCUUAGCGCCAGGUCAAUCACCGGGUGGCCCAUGAUGCCGAAGACCAACGACCUCAACGAGGCGAAUGACAAGAAACGGAUCAGUCAGCAUGCAUCGACAGCCGGACGUGUGUCAAGAGUGCGACGAGCGUACGCCGUUAAUCUCGGCGCGAACGACAAAACGAUGGAUUCCAAUGCGGAUUCUGAUGUGCGUGAUGAUGUUUACGGCCUGCUGGACCAGUUACAAUUGCCGCCUGCAGAUGCCGAUCUUGGUGGUGCCGAUGAUCAAGGAGAUGCCGGUCAACCACACGGUGGCCGGCGUAUGCGUGUUCAAUGAGACUGCACGACGACGACGAGACGUCAAUCCGCUCGAUCCAGGCAGCUAUCUGGAAACAUAUAUCCUGGACCGCGUCCAGGAGGACGAGGACCAGACAUUGCACUCGCUGCAUCGCCGUGAUGUCCCUGCGCGACCCUCGGACGCUCCAUACGCUUUCUUCAGCGGUCUACCGUUUGACUGGACGCCGUUCGUGCGCGGCCAACUGUUGGCCAGUUACAGCUACGGCAAUGUACCCGGCAACUUCAUCGGCGGCUGGGUGUCCCUGAGAUACGGACCGCGAAAAGCGGUGCUCUGGUCGUCGAUCCUGGCCGCCACGAUCUCCCUGAUAAGCCCAUUCCUCGCGCAGGCACACUGGGGUGUCCUCUUGUUCUCCAGGAUCAUCAUCGGCGUCACGGGUGGCGUGACAUUCCCCGCGUGCCAUACCAUGGUCGCCAAGUGGGCUCCGCCGCAUGAAAGGGCACGUUUCAUCUGGUCCCUGCUGGGUGGCACCUUCGGCACCAUCCUCACUUACCCGAUGAUAGCCGGUAUCGCGGAGUGUCUCAAUUGGGAGUCGGGUUGGUACAUACCGUCCUUGCUAAUGUUCCUGUGGAUCGGCUUCUGGGCGCUGAUUGCCUACGACUCGCCCUCAGAGCACCCGGGCAUCUCUACCGAGGAGAAGGAUUACAUCCUAAACGCGCAAACGGGAAUCGUUCGCACUGAGAAACCGACGUGGAAGCAAACUCCAGUGCGGCAGAUACUGACGUCGAUACCGUUCAUCAGUCUAAUCAUAUGCCACUUUGGAAAUCUCUUCUUGCUGUUCUUCUAUCAAAACUCGCUGAUGUUGUACCUGACCAAAGCGCUGGGAUUCCAGUUAACGAGGGGCGGCGCCGCGGCCGGCGCGCCCUGGGCCGGCAGGAUGUUGUUCGGUUUCUUCUUCAGUUGGGCGGGUGAUACCAUCAAGAGGAAGCAGAUUAUCAGCGUCACCCUCCUGCGAAAGCUCGCGACUAUAUUUUCGCACUUUUUACCGGGUAUCUUCUUGGUAUUGGUCGGCUACGUUGGCUGCGACUUCGUGCUCGCGAACAUCUUCCUGGUACUGGCGUUGGGCUUCAACGGCGCCGCUCUCAUUUCCAAUUUGUCGAACAAUCAGGAUCUCGCGCCGAACUUUGCCGGCUUCCUCUACGGCAUCAUGAACACGGUCGGUACUACAUCUGGUUUCAUCAUACCACCCAUUGUUGAGGAAAUCGCCGGAAAAUAUGGGCAUCCGAUCGACAGGUGGCAAAUACUCUUCUGGAUCGGCGCGGCAGUGUGCAUUGGCAGCAUGAUUGUAUUCCUGUUUGGAGGUAGCGGUAACAUACAGAGCUGGAAUGAGCUUCAGGUAGAUAGACCGGCCGAGAACGCGGAGGAUGAAGAGCGCAAAGCGAAGCCUGCUACAAAUACCUAAACGUACGGAGGCUAAUGCAGUCAAAAUCUUCAUUCAAGUAUCGAUAUGUCGUGAACAAAGUGAUAAAAAUAUUCCGUUGUUGAAAACGAUGUUCUGAGCAAUGCCAGAAGACACUUUAAGAAAGAUUCGCAAGGACCAAGAUGUACAAAAAGGACCUGAGAAGUCAAGACUGAAGAAUAUCGAACAAAUCAUUGGAAAACAAAAUAUAUAUGACAAAUUUCCUGACUGUUAUUUAUAUUCUGACUGUUCAAGAAACUCUGUAGCAAGGCUUGAUAAAAUUAGAAAAUGCAUUCAAAGAGGUUUUGGAAAUCUUGGACCUAGGGGACGCCUAAGGAAUUGAGACUCUUGAAAAUGUUGACUUUAAAAUCACAAUACUUUUUAAUGGCUGUUCGACGAAUUGAGGAGAAUGUUUGAACUAUUGAAAUGUUAUUUUACGGACUGUUUCAUAGGCUUCUGUUUGCAGUAUUUAAAAAUUGAGCGCUCCUCUCGUCAAGAAGUCCCAAUCUUUUCUUUGAUUUUUAUUCUACAGACAAACUCGAUUAUUGCGAUGCGUUAUACCGAGUAACAAAGUUGUAUCACGUAUUACUUGUUAUAGUUCAGAUUAUUUAUUUUACUUUGUACUCGGCAGUAUGGAUCGUUACAUUAAACUUUUUCUACAC